AUGACUGUCUCACUUAUCACUCUUGAUGUCAAGGGUGCUUUUGAUGCGUUCUUCCUGGCAGACCGAUCCGCAGCUUACACGAGCAAGGCUGGCCUUCCAAUCUUGUCCUCUGGAUCGCAUCCUUUGCCACUGGGCGAUCAGUUCAGAUCUGAGUUGAUGGAGGAAUCGCGCUACAAUCAAUUAAUCGACUACUGCCGAAUACUGACCACGCUGCGCCUCAUAGCGGACGCGAUGGAGACAAAUCCGACAACAACAGCGCGCUCGGGACGCGUCGUAACGCUCUCAACGAGAGCAGGAGAAGCCAGGGACAGCAGUGAUAACGUAACCAAAGUAUCAAAGAAAACCUCGGCCCAAGUCAAUGGAACUAUCGCAGUCAAGAAAAUAGCUCGUCGAAUUGACGAGGCUCAAUGCGGCAAGGCUACUAAGGAGGGUAUACUUCGGAAGAUGUGCCUGUUCUUGGAGAGCACACAACAUGAGAUCAUGACUCUGAAAGAUGUCGUCCUCAAGCAAGAGAUUACUAUCAAAGAGCAGCACAGGAUGAUCAAGGAACAGAGUAAAAAUGAUUGA